AUCAAAUAAAGGAUAAAACUAUGAUAUGAGAAAAAAGCGAACCGACUGUCAAAGAGGAGAGAGAUCUCUCUGCCCCCCUUCUCUCUCACAUCCGAGAUGCGAUCUUUAUCCUCUCUCCCUUUCUUCUUCUUCUUCUUCUUCUUCCUAGCUUUGUUCCAAGCUUUCCUGAAGAGCCCAAUUCUUGUUCAUGGCGGGAACUCCUCUUUGUCUCCUAUCACUCAAAUCCCACAAGAUCUCUACCAUUCGAGUGAUGAAUUGUUGAGAGAAAUUAGUUCACUGGUGGGCCGGCACCCUGAUGUGUUAAAUAUUGAAACUAUCAGAGCAGGAAAUAGGGGCUAUUUUGCUGAGAUAUUGGUGAUUACAUAUGAUCGUGUAGAGAAGCGAAAACCCGACAGUUUGAAGUUCAAGAUUCUUCUUAGCUUUGGACAGCAUGGGAGAGAGCUUAUAACGUCCGAACUUGCUUUGCAUCUUCUUUCUGUUUUAACUGGGGAACUUAGUGUGCGUGGCAUGAAUAUGGAUUCCAUCGACAGCAUACUGAAUAAUGUUGUGAUAAAGGUGGUGCCAAUGGAAAACAGAAAUGGGCGUAAACUCGUUGAAACUGGAGAUCUCUGUGAGAGGAGGAACGGAAGAGGAGUUGAUCUCAACAGAAAUUGGAGUGUGGAUUGGGGCAAAAAAGAGAAGGACUAUGAUCCUUAUGAAGAAAAUCCGGGAGUCGCUCCUUUUAGCGAACCUGAGGCUCAAAUUAUGCGUGAGAUCACGAAAUCAUUUGAUCCACAUAUAUGGGUGACAGUACACUCUGGAAUGGAGGCUCUGUUCAUGCCUUAUGAUCACAAAAAUGGUACCCCGGAGGGAUUUACGUCAAAGUUGAUGAAAUCUGUGCUUGUAGACUUAAACCAUCAUCAUUUCCAAGACAGAUGUGUAGUUGGGUCGGGUGGCGGUGCUGUUGGGUAUUUUGCCCAUGGGACUACAACUGACUACAUGUAUGAUGUUGCCAAAGUGCCUGUGUCUUUCACUUUUGAGAUAUACGGGGAUGAGUCUGCCUCUUCAAAGGACUGUUUUAAAAUGUUUAAUCCAAUUGAUACUACCACUUUCAAGAGGGUUCUCAAUGAUUGGAGCAAGGCAUUCAUUGAGUUAUUCGAAACGGGUCCUGAUGAAAUAAAGAAAGCUCAAGAGCUUGGGAAAUGGAUAUCUAUAGGUGGAAAUGUAGUUGAUGGGAGCUUAGUAGGAGAAAAUAGAGGCAGCAGGAAGACGAUGGAUGGGCUUGAGCUGGGGAUGCAAGAGUUGAGAACUUACUUCAGAUUGUUUUUGUUGUCGUCUGUGUUGUUGAUGUUCAUGUUUUGUUCGAGGAUUUCAAAGAGCAAACUUAUACAGACAAAUUCAAGCAUUUUGAGUUGAAUUUUGAUAAUGGGAAGGUUAUUCAUGUUUUUUUAGUUUCA